CAUGUGCUUGCGAAAGCUUUAUUUGUAAGAGGACUCUCAGCCUUUUGUGGCUGGACAUGUGAUAAGCUUCGGGUAUGCAUCUUAGCAGAACAGUAGGUUUUGGCUAUUCGAGGUCUCUGACUGUAGAACAAGUGCUAGCUUGAUGUGGAACUCCAGGUCAGCCUUUCUUUGGAAAGCCCAAGGUGAGAUACUACGUGGGACACUGAUAAUUCAUAAAAGAAAAAGCUGUCUUAUGUACCACAUCCCACUAUGGCUUUAUACUAUCCAAACAUGAUACAGACCUCCCCUUACACCUACUUUCCCCUUGGACCAAAUCGUGUGCUUGAAACACAACCUGCCACUGUGUUACCCCCUGUUCAGAUGCAGAACUUCUACAGCAGACCCCUCGCUGUGAUCAUGGACCGUAACAAUUGUUACAGUGAUAAUUCAGCAAACCAAGUGGAGUAUCAUCACAUCUAUGGUGCAAAUCCUUACUUCAAUCCUUACCCUUACUGGCACUUCCCACAGAUGAGCCCUCUUCCUUUGUACAGCCCCUAUGCAAACUAUCGUCCUUAUGCAGCUUACCAGAGACCCGGUUGGAAUUUAUGGCCUGAGGGAUUUACCCUGAGAGGGGAGCUCCGUUGGGGUAGACUUGAGAGAGUUCUGGGACCUAGGAGAGACCUACCAGAAUUUGUGAAAGAUGAUCUUCGAAGGGUGUAUGGCACUUAUCCAAGGACAGAUGUUUCCAUAACUUACCACAAUGGGGAAUUUAUUGUGAAAGGGGACCCUAAAGUAGGAGAACAAGACUACAGGAUAGAGAAGAGACUUAUCAGAAAGGAAUCCAUCCCAUCUGCUAGUGAAGCUGAGGACAGCAGUGAAGACCGGGGAAAGAAGAAAAAGAAAUCAAAGAGAUGACUGAACACCUGUGUUUAGAUCCAAGCGCCAGUGAUGGCAGCUCUCCAAAUUGGUCCAUAAACAUGGGACAGAGAACGGGGAGAGAGUUUUAGCUUCCAAGUAGUGGUGUGUGUUAGGACUUCUGUAACUCACAAAUAUAUGCACUUUCUCAUAUCCUCCAGGAAAUGUUACUUAUUCUUCUAGCACCUGAGACUUUUCUUUGAGUAACAUAAGCUUCACUGUUGUAGGGCCCCAUUUGACCAGCCAAAAUGCAAUGCUGAAUGGCUGUUUUGCUCCUCAAAGUACCACUUUACAACUGAGCACUAUAAACAAUCCUCAGUCUGUCUGCUAUCCCCCACCCCUGAACACUGGGUGCUUAAGUAUUCUUUAUGACUCACUAAUGAAUUCCUUGGAAACUGAAUUUGAGGUGAUGGUACACAGAGAAUCUGUUUUCAUGCCUGUAGCUGCAGAUAAACUAAUCUGGGUCUGAGUAAUUUCUUUUGGUGGGUGUCAGAUUUCUCAGUGAACUGUUCUUGCUGUCUGUAAUAUUCUGUGCCAUUGUUGGCUCUUUCCUAGUCUGAGACCAGUUUUAUGCGCAGGCUUAAUUGAGUUGUGCCUGGACUAUAAUCUGAUAUGUAUGCAAAUUACAUGUAGAAUUUUAAAUAAAGAAAACCAAACAUGUAAUGUUGUUUGAACCCUCUUACUGUGAAAUCUUUCCAUGUGGAAUGAAACUAAUUUGACCCAAA